AUGGAUGAUAGGUCUGGCGCCCGACCAUCAUACCUUCGUUCCAGCAUCGCUUUCGGCUGCAUGCUCGCCGGCUCAGCAGGGGCCAAACCGCCCAAGCGUCAACCGCGGUGGCCGGCUGCAGCCGCCUGCCGCCGGCAACCGGAGUUCUCAACAAGGCAGCUGGCGGCUGGCGUGGUGUUCUCCGUCAGGUCCCCGGAGGAGGUGCAGUUGGGUGAACCCAGUGUCACCACAGCUACCCAUCCCGUCGUUGCACCCACCAUCGGGGGGAACAUUACCCCUGGCGCCACCGGCGGCAACGGCGAUGACGACGACGACGACGACGACGACGGCAAUGAGGACGAGGAGAGCUUCGCAGACGCCAACCCCUGUACAGCAGUCCCAGGUGCAGGUGUGCCGCCACCGCCGCAUCCGGAAGGCCUCGGGGAAAACGAGGCUGGCGUGGCGGCGGCAGCGCACCAUCGGGACGAGGGUCAACAACGGUGGCCAGGUGCGGGCAGCGGCGGCGGCGGCGGCGGCGGCGGCGCGGCGAUGGAUGCGUGUGGCGGCGAGCGGGUCGACGGCCCGGACGUGUUGCCGCCGUUCGUUGACCCAGAUCAGGAGGAAGGCCGACUCAGCCCCGCGCGGAUAGAGGCGCUGCACUACAUCAGGCAGUUGGUGGUUGGCCGUAUAACCGCCAGUGCGGAUGCGAAGCUGUUAGUGGACUCCCUGGACUGGUGCCUGCCGCUGAUGGACAUGAGGGCUGUACGGGAGGCCUUUCGAAUGAUCCGUAUAGCCAGCACGGUGUACGGCACGCACAUCAUGGACUGGCCGUACAUGCUGUGCGUGGUGGCCGGCAUGUCGGCAGGACGCGUCAGGGACCUGGAGCUGAUGCAAGUCCUGCACGAUCGCGGUUUGCAGAUGCUGCGUCAGAGCGAGCAGGCCCGGGCGCGGUGGAAGGUGGCCUCCGUGCAGCAGGGAGGCGGAGGCGGAGGCGAAGGCGGAGGCGAAGGCGGAGGCGAAGGCGGAGGCGGAGGCGACGAAGGCAGCCACAGCCGCCGCCGCCCCUAUCGUCAUCGCGGCCGCGGCGCUGCUCCCACCAAGGCGGCGCACGUGCCGGCGAUCGGUAUGCGCGACCUGGUGUCCCGCUUUUUGUUGCCGCUGCACCACCUAGGUCAGCCGAUCGAUCCCGAGUACAUGCAGUUGCUUGAGGACAUGCUGACGCGCGCGCUGCCGCCACGGCCGACGCCGCCGCCGAAGCUGUGGCUCCUGCGCGACAUGUUGGAGCUGUACAGCCUGACGGGGACGGCGCCGUCAACGACGCUGCUACGGGGAGUACGGGAGGUCUGCAUGGCGGCGGCUGGUGAGCUGCGCGCCGCAGCCCCGCAGGCGACUGCGGCUGUGACUGCGAAUGGCGAUCAUUGCAACAGCGGCCUGGGUUUACCUGCACAGGCCAGCAGUGGCAGGCAGGGGUGGAAAGGGGAUGACGGCGCCGCCGCGGACCGAGAUGACCAGCGGCUCGGCAGGACCACCAGCAGCAGCGGCGGCGGCGGCAGCGAGGGCCAGUGGCAACGUCGUACAGGGCUGCACGGCCGCCGGAUGUCGUCCCGGAUGUGGGCGCGGGUCGGACCCAAUCGCUCUCCCGUGAUGCAACACGGCAGCAGCGACGCAGCUGACGCGACCGACGUCGGCGGUGGAAGUCGCAGCGGCGGUGCUGCCGUACAACGAGAGUACGAGGUCCUCGCGGGGACUUUGGCGUCGGUGCUGUACUUGCUGUCACGAAUGGUCAGGAGAAAGGAUGGGGAAAAUUUUUUCGACGACAGCGAUAGGGACAGCGAUAGAGACAGCGAUAGAGGGUCUGGCGGCGGCGGCGGCGGCGGCAGCAGAGCUAGCGAGGUUGCCGUCAGGGAAGCUGACGGCGCCGCUGUCCGUUGCCUUGUCAGGAACACCGACGGCGGAGGCGCGCCGUCGGGGUUGUCUCCGCUUCCACAGCUUCCCGGGGCGGCCUUAUUUACAGUCGUACAGGAGCAGCAGCAGCAGCUGCCGUCGCAGCGACGGCUGGGCAGCGGCGGCGGCGGCGGCUCGCAAGCCGCUGAUGUAGGGCAGCACCCCGCUGCCGCCGUUGGCGCUACAGCCGCUGAGACAGCGGCGGCGACCGCGCUGUUGUCCGUGCCGCCCCUGCCGUCUUCGGCAUCCCCCCUCCUCACACACCUCCCACCCUCCCUACCAGACACCAAGCCACGAAUCAACGCUGCCGACACGCUUCUAAUGCCCUAUCCUGAUACUGCCAUUGCCCCCUCCGCCGCUGCUGCUGCUGCGACCUCAUCCAUCCCGAGUUCCAGCACUGGCUCCGGUGACCACAGCUCCGGUGACCACAGCUCCGGUGACCACAUGAGCCCCUCAGCACUGACCUGGGCUCACGACGCACUGGAGUCCCUCGUGCCCUGGAUGCCAACCCUAACGCCACUACAGCUAUCCGGAUUGUUGCGGACCACCGUGUGGCUCGGCGCCGUCGACCGACUGCUACUGCCGCCGCCGCCGCCGUCGCCGCCGCCAGAAGACUCUGCGAGCUGCCCUGCCGGUGGUGGCGGCGGCGGCGGCGGCGGCGCCCCGCCAAGACAAUCGGAGCCCCCGCGUCGUACCACUGCCUUUCUGCAUGCGUACUUCACGUCACUGGCGCGUGCCAUUUCUCAGCAUCCCACCGCAGACACCGUCACCAUCGGCAACGUUGUUGAGGCGGCGGUAGGUGUGGCGGCGUCGGGCGUGGCGGCGUACGGCGUGCCCCCUGAGGCAGGAAAUUUGUACGGCAAGCUGUUGUUCCGCGCCAAUGCCAUCAUGGCCUACCAGGCGACGCAGAGGAACGGCUUCUUGCCGCCGUACGCACUGAACCUCGUGCCGGCGCUUGCGGCGGCGGUGCGUGACGCGGGAUCGACGGCGAAUGUGCCGGCCAAGUUGGUCGCGGAAAACCUGAGGUUGGGCGAGCGAUUGCUGCCGGGAUGGCGCGCGGACGGGCUGGCGCAGGUGGCGGCGGCGUUGGAGACCCUCAAAUGGCGUCCCGUCGCGACGGGGCCAAGCUCAGCGGCAGCGGGAGGCGGCGUCGGCGGCGGCAGCCCUCAUACGGAACCGACAUACGGCGUGAUGCCGGAGCCGCUGGCGGAGUGCUUAGCGGCAAGACUGGCGUACAUGCUCGCGGAAGGCGAAGGGCUGUACGACGAGGACUUGGCGGAUCUGGUGUUGUUAUGUCGACGAGGCACAUCGCCGUCGCCGCCGCCUCCGUCGCCAGGGGAACCGUCCAAAGCCAGCGUCAGCAGCGGUUGUGGAGGCGGUAAGGAAGAAGCGGCGGCGGAAGGGCUGCUGCGGCCGGUGCAGCAGCUGCCGGCGGCGGUGCCCGUGGGAGGCAGUAGCGUUGAGGGCGCCAAAAGGGCGAUGGCGCAGGGUAGCAGCCUGACGCUACGGCUUCUGGACGUCCUGGCGGACGAUGCCGAUGCGGUGCCGCCGGGGCAGCAGACACGCCGCGGGAACCCAGGGGCCCCGGCGGCGGCGGCGGCAGCGGCGGCCUCGACGAGGAAUCUACGCCGCAGCAGUAGCGUUUACAAUCAGGGCCCCGGCGAAGCGCGGUGCGCGCUGGCGGAGACGCGCACACGACACAUCAUCCUGAGCGGCCUGGAGCAGGCGCUGGUGCUACAGCUGCGCGGCGGCCACCCGGCUGUCGCGUCGCGCGGCGUCGAUGCGCUCUCACGGAGUUUGGAGCGGGCGUUACGUCGCUCGCCGGGGCCCGUCUGGCUGGCUGCUGUGGCGGAUGCCUUGGGAGCAAGAAGCGACGCGGCGCUGGCGGAGGCUUGGCGGCGAAACCCCGCAGUGGGGGCGGCGACGGCGGUCCCGACGCCGCUGCCGACGCACGCCGUCGCAUUCAAGGUCGUACAAACCGCUAACGAUCUGCUGGAUUUCCGUGCGACUGCAGCGGCGACGGCGGGUCAUCAGAAUGCAUCCUGGUUUGGGAGCGCUGCACGCGACCACCCGGACUGGUGGUGUGAUGUGUCGCACAGCGCUGGCAUCUGCGUCGACUUCUUGCGCCUGGCCCCGGGUGCUAAAGCCUCCGGCGCCGCCGCCACCGCCGCAGGCAGCAAGCGUGUCCGUGCUACAGCUGCAUGGGCAGGGUCACCGCGCACUACGGAAGCUGCAGGACCUAAGGUACAGCUCAACACGCAUAGAUCGGAAAAUGAAGGCACGGAUCAAAGUCGCCUGGAUUCGGAUCUUGAACUCAGUCAGGACCGGCCUUCAGAUCAGAAUCUGGAUUUGAGUUUGGAUCCGGGUUUGCAGCCUAGAUUGGCGGUGGAUUCGCUGAUCCGAUAUGCGCAGCAUCUGGGUCGCUGGCUGGAUGCAAGCCGCGCCGCCGCCAUCAUCGACCCAGAGCCGUCGCAGGCGGCGGCGACGGUAGCCGUGGCGGAGGCGGAGGGUGCAGCAGUAGCGGCGAUACAGGUGCCGCCACCGCCACGUGAACCGGGGGAUCCAUUCUUCCGGCCGCCGACUUCGACCCCAUUGCCUCCAGAGCAGCCGGCCCAGUCGCCAGCUAGCUAUCGCCCACAAGACCAGCAGCAGCGACAGCAGCAGCAGCAGCACCGCCAACCAGUUCCGGAGCUCAAGCGCCACACGUACUUCCUGGUGGGACUCUUCAAACUGCUACAGCCGAUGCUUUUACAGGAGCACCGGCCGCCGCCGGCGGCAGCGGCUCACCAUGGUGGCAGCCUCCGCAGUCCUGGCAGCCGGCCGCUGCCGCUGCCGCCGCCGCCGCCGCCGGUACCGGAGGGGUCUUCCUGGGAUGUAGCGGCGCCGUCGGACUCCCCAGGCUUCAGCGGCGGCGGCGGCGGCAGCUAUGGCUCCAUUGGCGUCUCGGCAACUCAGCUUGUACGGCUAGCAGAGCUGCUGGCGUUUAGCCGCUUUCAGCCUCGGCGCUUUCCCCCCCUGGAGGGGUGGCCAGAGGCUUAUCUGUCUCAGGCCUGGCGGCCCUCACCCGAGUUCAUGGACGGCCUGGUGGACCGAGUGAUGGCGAACGGCGGCAUCACGCACGUGUGUACGACCCCGCCGUGGCCUUGGGUGAAACGCGUGCUGGCGGCGGCGGGGACGGCGGCCGCCGCCGCCUCGGCGGCGGACGCGACGGUCAACAUCAGGGCCCAUACCAAAUUUCCAGAUACUGCUGCUGGUGGCGGCGGCGUCGACGACGACAACAGCCGCACGGCAACGCGGCAAGCUUCCAGCGCGUCGGCGUCGGCGGUGCAGACCAGCGAUGCUCAUCUACCGUCGCAGCUGGCGGCGCUGCUUUGGAGGUGGUCAGCUGUGGCAGCUGCGGCGACGCCUAGCGACGGAGAAGACGGCAGCGGCGGCGGCGGCGCCGCCGCCGCCGCCGUGGAGGCAUUUGCCGGCGAGAUGGCUGCAGCGACGCUGCCGCUGUUGGCGCACAUGGAACCCAUUGACCUGGUGCGGUGCGCGGAAGGAAUGGCGGCGCUGCAACAGCUCAUGACACGGCGUAACACCAGCGGCGGCGACGGCGGCGGAGGAGGAGGAGGAAAAGGAGGAGGUGACCAGGCCGACGGCACCUUGGCAGCGUGCGCUGUAGCGGAUACCGCAUCAACGUCAGCCGUACUUCAAAGGACGCUGGAGUCAUGCAUGGACGGCGUUGGCAACGGUCGGGGCUACGAUGGCAGGGACGGCGACGACGGGACGACCUUGACGACUGUCACCGCCGUCGCCGCGGACGGUACGGCGGAGGCACAGAAGAACGACCUGUUGACAUGCGCUGUAUCUAUGUCGGUCAGUGGCCUCCUGCACGCUUUAGAGCCGUAUCGUCAUCGCGAUGGCUGCAGUGACGGCGGCGGCGAUGUCGUGGGCCGUACAGCUGUCGCCAGCGCCGGCUUCGGCGUUGACGCCAGUAUUGGUUGUUGCGGCGCAGUAGCAGCAGCAGCAGCAGCCAGCGUAGCCGACGACCGGCUUGGCUUGCGGCGUUGGUGGCAGGAGUUGCAGCGAGCUACCGCCAACGUACUGCUGACGCGACAUGCGGCGUCAGCAAAGCCACUGCUGUACACGUCUAAGCGGCUGAAACAGCCGCGGGAACGGCUUCAGCCGCCUCCCCAGCUUAAGCCGUACAACCUGUCCAUGGUGUUGCGCUGCAUGGCCGCUGCCGGUCACGUGCCGUCCUGCGCCUGGCUGCAGCGCUACUGCCAACACACCCUGCCGCUACUGCCGUCGUACAAUGCCCGGGAUCUCGCGGUAUCCAUGUGGGCCUUUGCUCACAUGUGCUUCUCUUUCGCCGGCCAAUCCACACGUGCCGUACAAUCCGUACAGACUGCCGCAGGGGGGCCUUUGCUGCGUGCCGAACAUGGCAUUCGUAGCAGUAGCUGUAGCGGUGGCGGCGGCGGGGGGUCCCGGAGCGCAGUUGCCAACGGACGAAGAGAGGAAUUAACAUCGCCGUCUGCGCCUCCGUGGCACCCACCAGCGUCAUUGGAAAAAUCACUAUCAAAAGCAUCAUCAGCGCGGGCAUCAACUUCCUCUUCCUCAACGUCGAGCCUGACAGGGAAUGCACGAAGGAAGGGAUACCAAGGAAGGCUGCAGCAGCCACAGCAGCUGCCGGCGGCGGCGGCGGCGACGUCAGCGGCGCACGUGGAAGCGCCGCCAGCGCUGGGCAGAUGGAUGGAGGCAGCGGUGGCGCUACUGCCGCCGCUACUGCCUUACUGCACGAGUGCCGACCUGCAAAACGUGGCCUGGGCUCUCGUCCGGCUAGACUUCCCGCCGCCGGCCGGCUGGCUCCAUCAGUACGAACUGGCGACGCAGCCUCGACUGCCGUACCUCAGCGUUACUGCGCUCCUGUAUAUCUUGUGGAUGUAUGGCAAGUUUGGCCACGCGCCGUCGGAGUCGUACCUGGAAGCGGCGCUGCAGGCCCUGCGGCCCGCCUUGUCUGCGGCCAGAUCGCAGCCUGCCGCUGUUUCCCCCUCGCUGGUAGCGACUGCUGACAGCGCUAACACCACCACCAUCAGCACCAACCCCACCAUAGCCUCGCGCACCGUAACGUCAUUAGCUCCACUAGCACCAUCGUUGCCUGCCAACAACGGCGCUGCUGCUGCUGCUGGUGACCUUAUUGGCAACAUUAAUGUCAACAAUGAGGACGAAAGUGGUGCUGGCGGCGGCGAUGGUGGUGGUAGUGGUGGUGGCGCCUGUGCCACUUCCGGCAAUGUGAGGGAGCUUCUGGAUGCUCAGUCACUUCCACUGCUGCUGCACAGUUUGUCCCAGCUGGAUUACCUGCCCGCGGAGGGGUGGCUGGUAGAGUACAUGCAGGCGGUGCUCCAUGCGCUUCCACGGAUGACUCCCUUAGCCCUGGCUGUCAUGCUGCGGGCAGUGGCGACUCUGCAGCAGUUGGAAAGCUUUCUCUCCGCGCUGGCAGACCUGGACCGGCCGGCCACGCUCCCCCCUAGUGCAGCUCCAUUGCAGCGCUUUCUGUGGGCCUGCCUGGCAGCAGCGCCCGACAGCCGCAAGGUUGCGGCCUACUACCGCCUGCUGGUGCCGUACACCUUGCCAGUGGCAGCAGUGUCGGAGCAGGGUGCAGCCGUGGCAGUGGUGCUGCCGGCAAGGCAGCACAGCAGGUCUUCACCCUCAACAAUGUGCCUGUCACGAGGACUCUUGCACGAGGGCGCCUCCAGAGCCAGUGCACACCACUUAUGGCUGUUGCUGGCGGUGCUAGUGGCGUUAUUCCUACACCUCUGCUGGCGUGGACACCAUCUACAGGAGUGCAAGCCCCGAAUGUGGAAGGUUAGGGGUCCCUGGGCCCCCAACCACCAGGCAGUCCAGUGCUGA